CAGCACUCACCUGGGGGAAUGCGGAGGGAGCUUCUGGUCUGGUGGGAGACAGGAAUCUCUGCAGUGGACCUCACCUACCUGAGCAGCUGCUGGGGCUUCCAACGUUCUUUCAGAAUCUUGUUGUUGGACCUUACAAGAAUCAUGCCUCUUCCAGACACCAUGUUUUGUGCUCAGCAGAUUAACAUACCCCCUGAUCUCCCAGAUAUUUUGAAACAGUUUACCAAAGCUGCCAUCAGGACUCAACCUCAUGAUGUACUGCAGUGGUCAGCUGGGUAUUUCUCAGCUCUGUCGAAAGGAGAGCCCCUUCCUGUAAAGGACAGGAUUGAAAUGCCAGUAGCAACACAGAAAACAGAUACUGGGCUCACACCAGGCCUCCUUAAAGUUUUGCACAAGCAGCUUUCUCCGAAGGGCCGUGUGAGCAUGAUAGAACUAGAAAAAAAAUGGAAACAUCUGUGUUUGCCAGUGGAGCAGCUGAGAGCCCUUCUACAAUUGGACAACUUCGGUGACGAGGUGGAAUGGUUAAAAGUUCUAGCACUUGGGUGUAGUAUACUUGGUGGGUCCUUAAUGACUUCUGUGAAGUACGCCUGUGAAAUUCUAACAACUGAUCCAGAGGGUGGACCUGCUCGCAUUCCAUUUGAUACAUUCUCAUUUAUUUACACAUACCUGGCCAGUAUAGAUGGUGAGAUACCAGACUACAGAGUUGAAGCUUUCCUCAAUGCUCUUAAGGGACAAGUAGACCAACAGAAUGGCAUGGUGCAGCCCAGAAACUUUCUGACCCAGGCCUCCUAGAUCUGUUCUGACCUGGCCAGCGGGUGAACUACAAUCAGUGUGAUCAUCCUAGGAAGUGUCAUUUUUAUUCAGCAGACCAGAAAAUGGGUUGCAAUAUAAAAGAUGAAAUUCUCAACUCUUCACUUAAGAAGAGGGAACAAUUACUGUGCCCCAUGCAGCUGUUGCUCCCUUUUCUUUCUGUAACUUGUUACAAGAAUUCUCAUCUCUUUCUCUGAUCCUUCUGUCCAUUUUCCAUUCAUAAAGAUCAAGGUGUUAACCUGCACUCCAGUACGAUGAUACUCUGCAUCCCUCCCUCCUCUCCCCACUAAUGACACAGUAAAUGGUUUAAUGUU